UCAUCAAUUGCUCUCUACAGUCGCCAUGCGCUCCAAUCUAUUUUCGAUUCUAAUCAUCAAUAUAUUAAUCUUUAUAAAUGCUGAAAAAGUGUGUGAACUAUCAUCGAUUUGCGGCAAUGCGGCAUCCAUACGAUCUCAGAUGAUUGCAGUGCGUGUGGAGCAGGAGAGACAUGGAGAACUAUUGGAUGACUUAACCCAGAAACUGGACAGUUGCCUAUCAAAAAUUGGGGUGGAGACAAAACUGUAUGGAAAGAGUUGCGCCGAACCUUCGGUGCUCACUCAGCACAGUGAAAUCAAUGUGAUCGUGGUGCCCGAGUACAGUAAGCACCCCUUUGUGGUGGCCUGCGAUCAGUUGAGUCAUGGUGGCGGCUGGACCGUCAUUUUACGUCGUACGGAUGGAAGUGAGGAUUUCUACAGAGAUUGGAACGACUAUAAAAACGGUUUUGGAAAGUUGGAGAAUGAAUUCUUCCUGGGACUCGAUAAGCUCCAUGCCAUAACUUCUUCGCAGACCCAGGAAUUAUUGGUUUUGCUCGAGGACAAUGAGGGAGACCGGCGAUACCAGACAUACGAUAACUUCAAAAUCGGAUCGGAACAGGAUGGUUACGCCCUGGAAUCGUUGGGUAAUACUUCGGGUAACGCUGGCGAUGCCAUGGCAACACAUUUGGGUUCAAAGUUCAGCACCAAAGAUCGCGACAACGACAAACAUGCUACAGUUCAUUGUGCCACAAAUUACAACGCCGCUUGGUGGUACAAUGCCUGUCACCACAGCCACUUGACUGGCAAGUAUGGCGAUAACAACCAUGGAAAGGGCAUCAACUGGUAUCAGUUUAAGGGUCACACCUACUCGCUAAAACGUGCACAAAUGUUGAUAAGGCCGAAGAGACAAUGCCAAUAAAAAAUAAUACGAAAUAUAUUUUUUUCUAGACUUCAACAGCGU